CUAUAUGCGCAGUAGACUAGAUACGCGUACUGUCGCGAUAAUUUAGUAAAUUAAAAUUCUUUAAAACUUUUUGCAACUUUUUAAAAUUAAUCUCAUAAAUAGUAUUGCUUUACACUUUAUACAAAAUGUCCAGUAUAACAAUAUCAGCUGUUCGACCUAGGACAAGCAUCCUAGAUAAAUCAUUAAGUAAAGGUAAAGGAGAGGUUAGCUUGAGUUGUUUUGCUCUUCUUUUCUCAGAAUUAGUUCAAUACUGUCAAAACAGAGUAUACACUGUUCCUGAACUACAAAACAAAUUAGCUGAAAUGGGAGCUGAAGUUGGACACAGAGUCACAGACUUAUUAGUAGUUCGUGAGAAAAAUGGUAAAAGAGAAAUUAAAUUACUCAACAUCCUCCUAUUUAUAAAAAGUACUCUUUGGAAGUCUUUAUUUGGUCGUGAAGCUGAUAAAUUGGAGCAUGCAAAUGAUGAUGAACGAACUUAUUAUAUUAUUGAAAAGGAAUCAUUAGUUAAUAAAUAUGUGUCAGUUCCUAAAGACAAGGGAAGCUUGAAUUGUGCAUCUUUUGUUGCUGGAAUAGUCGAAGCUGUUUUGUGUGAUAGUGGAUUUUCUGCAAAAGUGACAGCUCAUUGGCAUAAAGGAACUACUUAUAUGGUGAAGUUUGACGAUGCUGUUAUUGCUCGAGAUAAACAAUUUGAUGAACGAUAAUUUUUGUUGAGAUUUGUAAAAAUUACUUUCUUUAAUAAACAA